AUGGUCCAAGCUCCUGUGCCGAGCAGUUUGGUUCCUGAGCGAACCGUAUGGGACGCAAUUGUCCUCGUAACUUCAGGUCAACAUCUCCCCGUUCAGCACUUAGCGACGAAGAUGGCGUUGAACAGAAAAUAUGCAGCACUUCCGGAUCUGGACUCUGCGCCGGAUAUCUAUGAAACUCCUGAGCUGACCGAUGACAACUCCACAGCUCCAACGGGCAGAGCACGAUCUGAUUCCACAUCUUCAUCAUACAAAGACUUUGAUGACGAAGAGAAUGACGCCCCUGGAAUCUCCCGCUCGCGUCUUCAUCCCGACGAGGCCCGUACGCUUUUCUCUCCCGCACAAAUCGAUGCUCGUGAUGUAGAUUUCUCCGAUCGAGUUACUGCAAAGCGGAAAUCCUACAAAGCUUCCACCAGAAGACAGCGGAAACGACAGGAUGGUACUGAAGAAUAUGGUGACUUCAGUGAUGACGAGGAUGGAGAGAGCUUAGAGAGGAAGCUGGCAAGGUUAAAAAGAGAAAUCGAGGAGGUGAAGGAGGAAUACGGAAGGAGGCAAGCUGUAACAGAGGACACGGGUGCAGAUGAAACCAUUGAUUUCGGCCAGGAUGUGACAGAUCUGAACAGAAUGCUGGAAGGCAUGUCACUCCAGAAAGGAACAGGCAGCACGAAUGCAGGCGCGAAGUUCGCAAAGGACUUGGGGACAGGUAUCAAGGCCAAUGGUCCGCCGCAAACAUCACAAGCCAAUGGCGAUUCUGCUACCUACACAAUCACAUAUGCGCCAACGUAUCAGCAGAGCCAUGCUCUUGCCAAAGCAGCAGAUUUCGACGGGAGAUUGGCAUUAAUCGAGAAGGCUCUUGGAAUAAGUGCUGCAGAAUUACCGUCUUCGACAGCGAAUGGAGUACCGAGGCCUAUACUGCCAACUCUCGACACGCUGCAACGUCAAAUCUCUGUUAUCUCAGAAUCUACGCCGUCAUCACUGGAUAGUAUCAGUCGGAGGGUUAGAGCUCUGACACAGGAGGCCGAGAGGAUGGAAGACUCACGAAAAGCGGCAAAGGUCGCUCAGGAUGCAUUGAGGGCAGCAGGUGGAGACGUUACUUCUGAAGAUGGCGAAGAUUCGGAACAGGUGGCUAAAAUCAACGCUCUAUAUGGUACAUUGUCAACUAUAGAGAACUUGGCACCUCUUCUCCCAUCGCUGUUGGAUCGGUUACGCUCUCUGAGAGCGAUCCAUACAGAUGCUGCUACAGCUAGCGAUAAUCUACACAGAGUAGAAACGCAGCAGACUGAAAUGGCGGCGGACAUCAAGAAAUGGAGGGAAGGGCUUGAGAAAGUCGAGGAAGCAUUGAAGCAAGGGGAAACUACGAUGAAUGGGAAUAUGAAAGCUGUUGAGGGCUGGGUCAAGGAAUUGGAGCAGAAGAUGGAGCAAAUGUAA